AUGAAACUCUCUCAAUUCACUCCCACACCUUCCUUCUUCUUUCUCAUCUUCGCCGCCACUAUCUCGGUGGCCGGUGCCACCAUAGACAAUGACGCCGCCGUUAUGUCAAGCCUCCUCAAGGCCAUAUCUCCUGCCCCAACAGGCUGGUCUCACUCCACUAACUAUUGUUCGAAAUGGAGAGGCGUAUGUUGUAGCUCAACCGGCCGAGUAACCGCCAUUAACUUACCGAAUCUCUCUCUAACCGGAACUCUCCCUUCGAAUCUCGCUUCUCUUUCACAACUCACUUCCUUAAAUCUCAAAGGCAAUUGCUUUUCUGGGCAAUUGCCUUCUUUCGCUAACCAUUCUGUGAUCCAAGAAAUCUUCUUGGAUCAUAACAAGUUCGCGUCUUUACCCGUCGCUUGUUUUCAAGGACUAACCGAUUUGAGAGUGUUGACAAUGGAUAAUAAUCUCAAUCUACCCCAAUGGGAUUUUCCCAUUGAGCUUAUUGAGUCACCAAACUUGGUCAAUCUAAGCAUGUUCAAUUCUCAUGUGAAAAAGGUUGAUAUUUUAGGUACCAACAGCUAUUGUAGGGACACUUUAGGACCUUGUGAUUGGCAAGUGAUGGUGUUGCUUGAAGUGGCUAAAGAUUUGGGUUAUCCUUCUAUGUUGGCAGAUUCUUGGCGAGGUAAUGAUGUUUGUAAAGGUUGGAAUUAUGUUAAGUGUGAUUCACAAGAGAAAAAAGUUGAGGUAGUGAAUUUUCACAAGAGGCAUUUUAGUGGGAAAAUCUCUGCUGCUUUUGGUAAACUAACAGAGUUGAGAAAUUUGUGGUUGAAUGACAAUAACUUGAUUGGUUCCAUACCAUAUGAGUUAACACUCUUGCCUCAUCUUUUGUUACUUAAUGUUUCUUAUAACAAUCUUAGUGGAAAGAUUCCUAAGUUUAAUAAUUCUAUGGUGAAGUUAAUUACUAUUGGUAAUCCACUACUGUUGGGGAAUUAUAGUGAUGGAACUUCAUCCAAUGGUACUGCUCCUGUUUACACUGGUAUAUAA